GUUUAGCAAGGGAGAUUUGUGUAAAUUGUGUUUUAGGAAAUAUAAUCGUAAUUUUCUUAGAAUUCACUGUAGAAGGACAUCAUGAAGUUUGGAAAGACCUUUGAGAGCCACUUGACACACGAAUGGCGUCAGCAAUACAUGGACUAUUCGGAGCUAGACGCCAUGAUACGCAACGCGGUGGUCAACGCGCCCGACAGGCAGGUGCCAAGGAGCAGCAGAUAUGUACGCGAGCAGGAUUCUUCUGUUGACCCGGCAGUUGCGGAAUACUACGAAAAUUUUCGGCGCAAUUUCUUUGCCGUUUGCCAUCAAGAGCUGAGUCGCGUUGAGGACUUUUUCGCCCAGAAGAUGGCCGAGGCGCGUCGCAAGCUGGACGAGAUCAAGAUCCAGCUGACCGCAGUCAUACGCACCUACAAUGCCCGCCACAUGGGCUUCGUGUGCAGCGAGUUCUACUUGAGCCUGAUCAUGCUCCAGAACUUCCAGAGCCUCAACUACACGGCCUUUCGCAAAAUAUGCAAGAAGUACGACAAGCACAUCAAGUCUGACAGGGGUGCGGCCUGGUUCAGAGAGUACGUCAGCCAGGCGCCCUUCAGCAAGGAGGAGGAACUGAUGAAGAUGAUCACCGACGUGGAGAAUCUCUACACGACCCAUCUGACGCACGGAGACCGCGCCAAGGCCAUGGAAAAACUGCGAGUGCCACCUCUGCGCCAGGUCUCGCCCCCCGCAAGGGUCUUCAUGGCCGGCAUGAUGCUGGGCCUGUUUGUAGUCAGCGCCAUUGUUGUGCUCCUCUCGCUGAUCUAUGCGAGCAACAGCACGCUGCUCUACACGUUUGGCCGCAUGUACCGGGGUCUCAUCACCUGGGUGCUCUGCUGCUUCUACUUGGCAAUCAAUGUGUACGUUUGGCAGCGGGUGGGCAUCAACCACGUGCUGAUCUUUGAGCUGGACGCGCGCAAGCGAGUGCUGCCGGCGACGUUUCUGGAGCUGGCCAGCGCCAUCGGUUACAUCUGCACUCUGUCCAUGCUCAUGUUUCUACACCACAAGGAGUUCGGCGUAGACGUGCCAUACCACUUUCCCUUGAUCUCUAUAGGGCUGCCGUUGCUGCUGCUGAUCAAUCCUAUACCCAUGCUCCAUUUGAAAGCGCGCAUGUGGAUCUUGCGCUGCUUUGGCAGAAUCGUAGCUGCUCCCUUCUUCCAUGUGCAGUUCGCAGACUUCUGGAUCGCCGAUCAGCUCACUUCGCUGGUUCAGUGUAUUGUGGACAACUACCACUUGGUGCGUUUCUAUUUCCGCUACUACAUGAAACUGCCCACUGCCUUCGACUUCGAGCCGGACUUCAUGGUUCCGAUCAUACGUAGCCUGCCGCCCUGGUUCCGCCUAGCCCAGUGCCUGAGACGAUAUUAUGAUAAGCACAAUAAACCCCAUUUAUAUUUCCUGAAUGCUUGCAAAUAUUUCAGUAGCAUCAUUGUGGUUAUCUUUUCCACAAUUUUAAUGGAAACGAGUGAUGAAUAUAGUAGCAUGUUUCAAAAUCCAUGGAUAUGGCCGUAUCUACUCGCGUCUCUCGUAUCCACCAUCUAUUUCUCAGUCUGGGAUGUGAUUUACGACUUUGGUCUGUUUCAAGUUUGGAAAGGUGAACAUAUAUUUCUGCGCAAGCAUCUCGUGUAUCGUAAGAGCUUUUACUACUUUGCCAUCAUAACGAACGUUCUGAUACGUUUCAUAUGGGUCCUGGAGAUAUGUUUUAUUUACUACAAUGUUUUGUUGCCCAACGAUUGCAAGACGAUUGCCAGCUUCCUGGAGGUGACCAGGCGAUUCAUCUGGAACUAUUUGCGCCUGGAGAACGAGCACUUAUUUAAUGUCGGAAAUUUCCGUGCCCACCGCGACAUUUACCUACAACCCAUCGGAAAGUUUACAGAGGAGGACUCCAGAAUCGACAAGAGCGUACAGAACGGCAGGCAAUCGAGUUUCUAAACGAAUAUUGCAAAAUCAA